UCUUGAUUAUCCGACAUCAGGAAGUAACCUGAUGAUCAUGGAUUGGUUUGCUAAAUUUCACGUUUAACAUUCGCCAAUCCUAUACUUUCACAAUGGGACCCUUUUGUUUCACCAGCUUGUGGUCAUCUUGAACUCUCAUCCAAAAACGUCACCAUUCCAAAAGCUCUCACCUUUUGCUCACACUCUCACUCUUUUCUUCACUUGCCUUCGACCCAUUUUCACACCCUCCUUGAUCUCUCCUUUUCACCUUCUGGGUCUCCCCAAUUUUCUUUCUUUUCGAUCCCUUGGUGAUGGCAUCGAUGGGUUCUUCACCGUUUCUGGUAGGAGCAAAUGCCGACUCUACCUUGAUGAUGACCAUGUUUCACAAUAGGAACCUAAAGUUUUCACCCGAGUUUGGCACUGAGAAUGCUUCAUUAAUUGGGUGGGGUCGUGGAAGAGUGAACGAUAGGGGUAGUAGGGGUUUGUUGUGUUUGGUUAAGAAUAAGCACAUAAGGGCUUUGGGGAAGAGCUUUGGGACGAGUGAGGAAGGUAAGGAUGAGUCAGAGGAAGUGCUUCAGGCCACAAUUGAGAAGAGCAAGAAGGUUAUUGCUUUGCAAAGGGAGCUGCUUCAGCAGAUUUCUGAAAGAAAGAAACUGGUUUCUUCAAUAAAUAGUGAAGGCAUUCCUGAAACAGAAGUAAACAGUAUUUCUUACGAGCAGAGUGACAAAUCCCUGUCAAGUGACUCAAAUCCACAGAAAGGUUCUGCCAGAAGAGGCAGUGCUGUUGAGAACCCAAAUGGUGGCAAUAUUUCACACAAUUAUGUCCAGUCUAAUGAGAAGGAAAUACUAGAUGUCUCAUUUGGAGGCAUUGAUCUUGGUUUUGACAAAGGUGAAGAGGAAGAUGAUCAAUUGUCUCAUGCUGAAAUAGCUUCAGCUAGGCUAUAUUUUGACGAACAUUUGAACAACAAAGGAUAUGUGACAAUUACGCCUGAUACCUUGCCAAAUGAAAUACCACUUAGCACUGAAACCUCUGGUCAAAAAAUUGAAAUACUGGAAGGUGUGAUUGAAUCAAGUUUAAAGGAGGUUUCAAAUGAAGAUGACAAUAUUGAGAGUGGAGGGGAAAAACCCCCACCGUUGGCUGGGGAAAAUGUCAUGAAUGUUAUAUUGGCUGCAGCAGAAUGUGCUCCUUGGUCAAAAACAGGUGGGCUUGGAGAUGUUGCUGGAUCAUUACCAAAGGCUUUGGCUAGGCGUGGACACAGAGUUAUGGUUGUAGCACCUCGGUAUAGUGAUUAUCCUGAAGCACAAGAUAUAGGAAUACGGAAACGAUACAAAGUAGAUGGUCAGGACAUGGAAGUAUCAUAUUACCAGGCUUAUAUUGACGGUGUCGACUUUGUUUUUAUUGACAGUCCAAUCUUUCGCCAUUUACAGGAUAACAUAUAUGGUGGAAACCGAAUGGAUGUUCUAAAACGCAUGGUGUUGUUUUGCAAGGCAAUUGUUGAGGUUCCUUGGUAUGUUCCAUGUGGUGGUGUUUGCUAUGGAGAUGGAAAUUUGGCCUUCAUAGCAAAUGAUUGGCAUACUGCAUUGUUGCCAGUGUAUCUGAAAGCAUAUUAUCGUGACCAUGGUAUUAUGCAGUACACAAGAUCUGUUCUUGUGAUUCAUAACAUAGCACACCAGGGUCGGGGCCCAGUUGAUGAUUUCCGUUACACGGAUUUACCUGAACACUACAUAGACCUCUUCAAAUUAUAUGAUCCCGUUGGGGGUGAUCACUUCAAUAUCUUUGCAGCCGGUUUAAAGGCAGCGGACCGGAUUGUCACGGUUAGUCAUGGCUAUUCAUGGGAGCUUAAAACUUCUGAAGGUGGUUGGGGUUUGCAUGGUAUCAUAAAUGAGAAUGACUGGAAAUUCAGGGGAAUUGUGAAUGGAAUUGACAACAAAGAUUGGAGCCCCAAGUUUGAUGCCCACUUGACAUCAGAUGGAUACACUAACUACACACUUGACACCCUGCAAAGUGGCAAGCGGCAAUGCAAAGCCGCCCUGCAAAAGGAGCUUGGUUUGCCUGUUCGUGAGGAUGUUCCAGUAAUCGGAUUCAUUGGAAGGCUGGAUCAUCAGAAAGGCGUUGAUCUCAUAGCCGAAGCAAUUCCUUGGAUGAUGGGCCAGGAUGUGCAACUAGCCAUGUUGGGAACCGGAAGGGCCGACUUAGAAGAGAUGCUUCGGAAAUUUGAAUCCCAACACCGUGACAAAAUCCGGGGAUGGGUUGGCUUUUCUGUGAAGUUGGCUCACAGGAUAACAGCAGGUGCAGACAUAUUGCUCAUGCCAUCAAGGUUUGAGCCCUGUGGACUGAACCAACUCUAUGCCAUGAAUUAUGGAACGGUUCCGGUGGUGCACGCGGUUGGUGGACUGAGGGAUACUGUGAAGCAAUUCAAUCCAUUUGAAGAGUCUGGCUUAGGGUGGACAUUUGACAGCGCAGAAACCAAUAAGUUGAUAAACUCGUUAGCAAACUGCUUGUUGACCUACAGGCAGUAUAAGCAAAGUUGGGAAGGGAUUCAACGGCGAGGGAUGAUGCAGGAUCUUAGUUGGGACAAUGCUGCUCAGCAGUAUGAGGAGGUUCUUGUUGCUGCUAAGUACCAAUGGUAAUUUCUUGGCAUCUACUAUACCUUAGCAUACUGAUGAAUAUCAGGGGUCUGUGCAAGGGAAAGGACAUGAUCAAGUUGUUACAACCUUCUUAAUGCUGGUCAUGAAGGAACAAUUUUGUCCCUAAAGUAAGGAUUAUGUAAUAGUACACUUUUUAUAUGUCAUCUUUGGCAUAUGUACCAAUGUAGCUAAGAAAUAAUGGACCAAAAUAUAAAAUAAGGUUAGAAGCUUUUUUGUCCUUUUGGCUAAAGAAAGAAAAACAAAAGAAAAGAGAGAGUAUUAUUACCCCCUUAGAGAAACUUUCUGUCACUGUUACCCUUCAAAGUUUCUUCUCUUUCAAUGCUGCAAUGGUGUGUCUACCACUAUGUUCCACCAGGCAGCAGCAGCAGCAUAAUAAUAGAAACUAAAUUAUCGAGUGCCU